UCCAACUUGGUAUCAGACAUUCUCAUUCCUACCUCUCACUUCUGCCAUGAGCAUCUGACGUCCUCUUCGUCGGACUCGCUCCUUCGGGGAUGCCGACGCCAAGUUCAUCCUUCCCUGCAUCACCCCUGGACCUGCGCCGGCACCCGUCGCCACACCGCCUCGCCGUGUCGCGCCCGCCCCGCGUCUCCGAACGCGCGCGUUCUCCGUCGCCCCGACACCCCUCCCGUGGCGCCCCUCCACGCCGUGCGCCCUACCGCCGGUGCCGUCGCCAUGGCGCCUCCACCCUUCCAUGUUCUUGCGGCCCCUCCUCCCUCCAUGCAUCACAUCAACAUCUCUUCGUUCAUCCCCUUCAAGCUCAGCAUCGACAGGGACAACUACUCGAAGUGGCGCCCGCUCUUCUAGUUCGUCAUGUGCAAGUACCAUGUCGAAGAGCACAUCCUCGAGGAGGCCGAUCCGCUGCACGAGGACGCCGUGUGGCGGAACGACGACAUCACGCUGGUGCUACGGAUCUAUGCCACGAUCUCCGACAAGUUGUACGACGUGAUCCAGUCGCCCGAGUCCACGGCGUACCACCUCCGGCAGCAGCUAGAGACCUUCUUCCGCGACAACGCCGCCGGCCGCGCGGUGCACAUCGGCGCCGAGUUCCGCGCCACCAUCCAAGGCGACAUGACCGUCGCCCAGUACUGCCGCUGCCUCCAGAAACUCGCAUUUGCGCUGGCCGACGUCGCGAACCGGUCACCGACCGCUCUCUCACGCUACAGCUGGUGCAUGGGCUGAGUCGGCGGUUCCAGACGAUGGCCACCCUGCUGCCCAUGCCGCAGCCCUUCCCCACCUUUGUCCAGGCACGGUCACGACUGCUUCUGGAGGAUAUCAACAUCACCGAGCACGAACGGGCGGCCGGCGCCACGGCGUUCGCCGUCAACCACGGCGGGCCCUCCUCCGGUGAUCGUCCUCCGCCGUCCUCACCGUUCGACAAGGGGAAGGCGCCCGUCUCCUGGAGUCCCUCUGCUGACCGUGGCCGUGGGCGCGGCCGUGGUCACGGCUCCCCCGGCGCCUCGUCCAGCUCCAACCCCGGGCAUGGCCAGCCCAGCCAGCAGCCGUCUCCACAGCAGCGGCGCUCCCCCUUGGUUCCUCCCAAUGCCGCAAGCGUCCUCGGUCCGCGUCCGCCCGCGCCCCAGCAGGCGUACCAGGUGGCUAGGCCCUCUCCUUCCGUGCUGCAGUGGGACUAGCAGGGCAUGAUGGCCCACGCCUUCGCCAAUCUUCAGAUGCAGCAGCCGCCCAGCAGCUCGGAGACACGGGGGCCACCAGCCACAUCGUGGCUCCUCAGGACAUGGCAACGGGGAAAAUUCUCAUGAGGUCCAAUAGCUCCGGCGACCUCUACCCGUUUCUUCCACAACAUGGCGGUCCUCUGGCGUUCUCCGUUUCAAGCACUAGCGACCUUUGGCACUUGCGGCUCGGACACCCAAGUCGUGCCUCUCUUUCCGCCUUAGCAAAUAAUUUAUUUAGUUCAUGUAAUAAAAAUGUUCCAGACUCCCCCAUGUGUGGUUCUUGUAAGCUUGGAAAGCACACACGUUUACCGUUUUCACAUUCAACUUCAUUUACUACUGCUCCCUUCCAGCUUAUUCAUUAUGAUUUAUGGAUGUCUC